CUCGUUUCUUCACUCGCCCAAUUUCAGCGCGAGCGGGCGGGCGGGAGAGGAAUUCUGCAAAGCUGGAGAGGGGUUUCUGAAAAUGAUCUCGAUAACCUCCGAGGAGUUGAACUACCUUAUCUUCCGAUAUCUUAAUGAAUCAGGCGGGUUUCGAUACUGGUUGGAAAGUGGAAUUUGUUGGUGUUUUACCUCGGUGAAUCUCAGAUUACUGUUCCCCAAGUCAAAUAAUUAGUGAAUUGAAAUUUGUCCAGACUCCCGAAAAUCUGCAUUGACGUGCUAAUGAAGACAAGUUUUUAUUAGCCAAAGACUUACACAUUCUGCAUUUUCUUUGGGAUAUGAGGCAGGCCUCACUAAAAGUAGCAUUGAUCCAAAUGCUGUUCCUCCCGGCGCCCUUGUUACAUUUAUUCAGAAAGGGAUUCUAUAUCUUGAACUAGAAGCAAAUUUGAGUAAUGAUGAUAUGGACGUUGAUGAAGAUUUCCAGUUCCUUCAUCCUCUGGAUCUUAUAACAAAGAGCGUGGAUGAACUUCAAAAGAUUGUAAAACAGAAGAAAGAAAGCAUUCAGAAGGAUAAAUCCAAGGGAAAGGAGAAAGAAACAAUGGAAAAUGGCCGGUCACAAGAUCGUGGACCUGUACUGGAAAAAGAUAAAGAAGUUGCAAAAGAUAAGGAUAAUGAAAAGCAACUGCGAGAGAAAGAAAAAGAGCGGGAUAGAGACAAAGUAGAGAAAGAAAAGGAAAAGACAAAAGGAAAAGACAAGGAAAAACCAGUUGAGGAUGUCACUGACGUAAAUCAUGGUGGAGAUAAGAAUAAUAGCAGACCCGAGGCGAAUGGAACUGAUGGAGGAUCAGAGCCAAUGGAUGUUUGCCAGAGUUUACCGACCUUGCCGUGCGAAAUCCCAACUAGUGAUGUAACUGUUUUUCAAGGCCACACUUCUGAGGUUUUUGCAUGUGCUUGGAACCCCUCCGGGUCACUUCUUGCUUCUGGGUCAGGAGAUUCAACUGCCAGAAUUUGGACCAUUGAUGGGCCAGCUAGCUCCAAUUUGGAAAAUGGGAAUCCCAAUGUUGUACUGAAGCAUUUCAAGGGUAGGACAACUGAGAAAAGCAAAGAUGUAACCACCCUUGAUUGGAAUGGUGAUGGAACGCUACUUGCUACAGGUUGUUAUGAUGGACAAGCGAGGAUAUGGACUAAAGAUGGGGAGCUGAUAAAUACAUUAAAUAAACACAAAGGGCCAAUUUUCUCUUUGAAGUGGAACAAGAAAGGUGAUUUGCUUCUUAGUGGAAGUGUUGAUAGGACUGCAAUUAUAUGGGAUGCCAAGUCAGGGGACUGGAAACAGCAAUUUGAAUUUCACUCAGCUCCUGCCCUUGAUGUGGAUUGGCGAAACAAUAAUACAUUUGCUACAUGCUCUACCGAUAGCAUGAUUUAUGUUUGUAAAAUUGGAGAGACUCGACCAAUCAAAACUUUUGCAGGCCAUCAGGGUGAAGUUAAUGCUAUAAAGUGGGAUCCCAUUGGUAACCUCCUGGCAUCAUGCUCAGAUGAUUCUACGGCAAAGAUCUGGAGUAUGAAACAUGACACCUGUCUGCUUGAUUUGAGGGAACACACCAAAGAGAUAUAUACUGUGAGAUGGAGUCCAACAGGGCCUGGCACCAGUAACCCCAAUCAGCAGCUGGUACUAGCAAGUGCCUCAUUUGAUUCAACCAUAAAGCUUUGGGAAUCGGAACAUGGGCGACUUCUGCAUAGCUUGGAUGGCCACAGGGAGCCAGUAUAUUCUGUGGCAUUUAGCCCAAACGGUGAGUUCUUGGCGAGCGGAUCACUAGAUCGAUGCUUGCAUAUUUGGUCAGUGAAGGAAGCUCGGAUUAUCAGAACUUUCACUGGAAAUGGUGGGAUCUUUGAAGUUUGUUGGAACAAGGAAGGGGAUAAGCUCGCCGCUUGUUUUGCAGACAAUGUGGUGUGUGUUGUGGAUUUUCGAAAGUAGAAGAAAGAGUUUGAUGAGAGGGAGAUUGUUGUGUGCAUUUAAUUCGUCAAUGGUGUUGUAGCAAUAGGUCGUUCCGGAGGCUUCAAUUCCCCUUGUCACUAUUAAUUACAAUUAGAACCAACCGUGUAAGAAUAUUAGGGGCUUCGAAAAGUUCUAUAUAUGUAUGCAUUGAAUAUAGCGGGACAUGGUUUCAUUAAUUUGAGAGGAAUGAAAUGAAUAUUUGAUAUGAUAUUUAGCUAGUAUGAUGAAAAA